CCUUCGGCCACUCGGUCCUUCGCGGCGCGAGCACCCGAGUCGAGCUCGCUCCGCGCGUCGGAGGCUUUCUCUCCCUGCCUUUCUCCUCGGCCGACAUCUAGCCGGUCCUCGGCUCCCUUCUCCAUGGCGUCUCUCCUGUGCUGUGGGCCCAAGCUGGCCGCCUGCGGCAUUGUCCUCAGCGCCUGGGGCGUGAUCAUGUUGAUAAUGCUCGGAAUCUUUUUCAACGUCCACUCCGCGGUCCUUAUUGAGGACGUUCCCUUCACGGAGAAAGAUUUUGAGAAUGGCCCCCAGAACAUAUACAACCUUUACGAGCAAGUCAGCUACAACUGCUUCAUCGCCGCCGGCCUUUACCUCCUCCUCGGAGGCUUCUCCUUCUGCCAAGUUCGGCUCAAUAAGCGCAAGGAAUACAUGGUGCGCUAGGGCACAGUCCCGUUCCUCGGUGCAGCCCCCUCCUCUAUUUAAAGACUGCCUGCGCUCGGCGCCCCCACGCAUCUGGCGCCCCCUGCAGGACUGGGUUCCCCUGGAGAGGGACCCAAUCCCUUGUUCUUCACUCUCUGGCGCCCGGCCCCUUCGCCUCGUCCCAUACCACAAUAAAGAGAAAAAAACUGCUCUCUUAA